AUGAAAUCAGCCCUGAUUUUUAUCUCAUUCUUAAUUGCCUCAUUUUCUGCUUUGCCAGUUAAAGAAGAAACAACAAUCUCUGGAUAUUCUCUUGAUGUUUCGCAACCUCUUACAAAUAGUUCAAUCAUGAGUUUCUCAAUUGAUAGAUAUGCUGGAAUUAUUGUCAGAGUUUUCGAAACCAACACAACAUCUUUCGAUAAAUCAAUGCUUUCCACAUUAAAUAAUGCGAUCGCAUAUCAUUCACUUCGAAUUGAAGCAUUUAUGGCACCAACAAUGUUCGCAAAAUUGAGUGGAUCCGAACAAUUCGAUGUAGUUGCUAACAAUUUCAGAAAUAAUAGUAUUGGAUUUGUGAAUACAGUUUAUAUCAGUGUUAAUGACACUAAACUUUUCUCAACUAAUACUACAGCCAAUUCUGCAUUUAUUGAAUCAAUUGUUACACGUGGAAUGGUAAAUAUACUUUUGAAACAAAUCAAAAUCAUUACAAAAAUACUUUCAGCAACUUAAAUACAACGUUGGAAUCUUCACAAAUUCGAAACUCUGGAAGAAAAUAACUGAUAAUUACGAUGGACUUGAUGGAAAUGUUCGCCUUUGGUAUUGGGCAAAUAAUGGAGAAGGAAUUAUGAACGAAGGAGCUCCAAAUUUCAAUGAUUUCAAAUCUUUCGGAAAUUGGGCAAAACCAGAUAUCAAACAAUUUGCCAAAAAUGAAAUGGUUGAUGGAGCAAAGGUUAACAGAAAUGUUUUCGCUAUUCGUAAAAAUUAG